AUGAAACUUGCCAGGGGCGCGCUCCUCCUGUGGCGCAUGCACCUGAUGGCGUACCUGCAGAGGUCCAUCCUCUGCUACAGGCACACAGGAAACGGCAACUUAAAGUUAAGUCAGGGGGCCCCGAGGAGGGAACGCUUGGCCUAUGUUAGCAGUUCGGGGGGGCCUAAUCACAUCGAGUGUUUUAGUAACAGCUGCCCUCUCCGAAGAAGGUUAAAGAAAAAAACGACGAGUCGGUUGAGUAGCCUUUGCGGAGGUGACGCUUCGCCUUCAGUGGGCUUCCUUCGAGUGAGAGAUCAGACCAGGAGAGGACUCUCCUCCCAUGGGAAGAAGAAAAAAAUAUAUAUAUAUCGCCUUUCCGGGGGGGAGAGCCGCACUUCUGUGCUUUACCUUACCAGGCCGAACGGGGGUGACCAGGAGAAGCACCCUACUGAGAGUGAUCACCCUGGAGAUGCCCCCCAACCACGCCGCUUAGUUAAACAUAACCUGCUGCACCUCGCGCAAGUGGGCGACUUCUCCUUUUUCUACGGCACUUCAAGUGGCCAAAAAAGCUACUCGACGUAUGAACAGAUCGUCCACUACAUUGAGGAUGGCAGAGGGGAAUUCUCCUCGUGUAGUAACCCCUCCAGGGAAGGUACCCACUCAGGGGGAAGCACAAGGAGGACCUUCAUCGACCAGAAGUACACAUGCAUUAGAGGGAGGGUAGAACAGAAGGUGAAGCAGUCGAAGAGGAUUUUCCUUCGCCUCAGACAAGACGGGGGAAUGUACCUCACCUGUGUGUAUGAAAAGGAAGGAGGCAACCCUCAAGGGGAGGAUUCUUUAUAUAGCUAUAUAAAAAAGAUAAGGAACGAAAGUGUGGUUGACGUUGUUGGGCGUGUGAAGGUACAUGGCGAUUUGGUCAGAUGUAGGGUUCCCUCUGUGGAAAGCAUGUUGAAUGAGAAGUGCAUAGAGGUAGUCGUGGCGAGCGUCCGGCGCGUCUCAGAGGCGUUCGCGGACGUGCCCCUGCUGGUGAGCGAGGGGGUUAGCGGCGUUCGCGGGGGUGGCGGCGGAGACGGCAUUGGUGUUCGCGGUGUUCGCAGCAUUGGUGCUGAUACGCUCGUUGGUGAUAAGCUCGCUGAUGUUGACAGCACUGGUGGUGAUACGCUCGUUCGCUGUGACAGCAUUGGCGGUGGUGAUACCCCCCGACCGGCGAAGCCCAACUCCAGCGAAGCCAUCCUGAAGCUGCAGCACCCCAGCCUCCACCACAGGCACCCCGUGAACCACCUCGUGUUUCAAAUGAAGAGCCGAGUUGCGCACCGGCUGAGGCAGAUGCUGCAGCGGGACGGGCACACGGAGGUGUUCACGCCCAAGUUGGUUCACCUCGGGGGGGGGAGUCCCAGUAAAGCGGCAGCCACCACUCCCGCCGCGCAUACCACUCCCGCCGCGCAUACCACUCCCGCCGCGCAUACCACUCCCGCCGCGCAUACCACUCCCGCCGCGCAUACCACUCCCGCCGCGUACACCACUCCCGCCGCGCAUACCACUCCCGCCGCGUACACCACUCCCGCCGCGCAUACCACUCCCGCCGCGUACACCACUCCCGCCGCGUACACCACUCCCGCCGCACACACCGAUGGAGAACCCCCGAGCUGCCAACUGAACGGGUCGGAGGGAGGCUCCGGGUGCUACAAAAUCGAGGGGGAAAAACUGAUACUUGCCCAGAGCCCCCAAUUCUACAAGCAGAUGCUAAUCAACGCAGAUUUCGAGCGAGUCUACGAGAUGAACUACUCCUAUAGAAACGAAAGGUUCCACACGUCAAGGCACCUCAACGAGUUCCUGUCCCUAGACAUAGAGAGAGUCAUUUACAAUAAUUAUUACGAAAUAGUUAUGCCCAUGUAUCGUCUGUUGCGGCGGCUAAAUGAGUACCUGUUGGAGACCUCUGCGGAGGAGUUGCGCCUGAUUAGCUCUUCCUUUGGAGGUCUCCCCUUUGAGCCCAGCAAAUUUCCAGACGCUCCUUUUGUUCUCUCCUUCUGCGAGGCAAGGGAUAUACUAGACAGGCACUGCUCAACUUCGGUGAGGGGUACUGCUUAUUACUCCCCAUCUGACGUAGAAGACGGGGGGAGGAAGAAGGCACACUCAGUAGGUAACCCUCCCAAGGGGGGGGGAAACACCCUCACGGAUGAGGAAAAGGACCAAUUGAGGAGCAGACUAUCAUUUGAGGCCCCCCCCAGUGAUCAACUUCACAACGUGUAUUUCAAUCGGAAGGUCGAGAGCAUGUACCGGGUGCACCAGGGGGGAGGCGGCAUCGGUGGGGAAACAUCCCCGGGGCAAGGAAACCCGCACGACGAGAGCGUCUACGCCUUCCUAAACGGGUUCGACCGAGACGAGCUCUACAAGAGGGUACUCCUCUUGCUUAGCAGCCUCUACGAUGGGGAGAACGCGGCAAACGGGGAAGACGCGGCGAACGGGGAAGACGCGGCAAACGGGGAAGACGCGGCAAACGGGGCGGAUGCGGCAAACGGGGCGGAUGCGGCAAACGGGGCGAGCGGCGGGCAGGUCGAAUGCAAACACUCCGUGUUGACGCUACUGCGCGAGAACCCCCAGGAAGGAAACACCGUGAGAGUAACCGAGUCGGCGCAAAGCAGAGCCUUAAAGGAAAGGUACCUGCACUCUCCAGAUUUCACCAACGAAGAACUGCAGAGGCUACACCACUUUCUAAAAAAACAUUUUGACGUGGACCUAUUUGUGAUAGAUCAGUACCCAUGGCACCUCAGACCAUACUACACAGCUCACAACCUAUAUGACAUUCGGUUUACCAACAGCUUUGAUUUCUUUUACAAGGGAAUUGAAAUCAUUUCUGGCAGUCAGCGAAUAAACCACUUGCCCCUUCUUCUCUUUAAAGUGGUCAACACCUGUGGGCCGGAUGAAAAUCCCCAGAGGAAACCCUCCUCCUGUGCAUUACCCAUCAGGGAAAAGAGCAACUUCUCCAUUUCGGACUACCUCAAAAAAGGGGAGGAGCUAAUAGACGGAGACUCUACUUUGGGAAAGUACAUCAAUUCGUUUCGCUUUGCUUCGAAGCCCCAUGGGGGGCUGGCCCUCGGCUUCGAGCGCUACCUGCUGGCUGCGCUCAACCUGGGGAACGUCAAGCGGGCAGUGUUUUGCGACUGA